AUGAUGGGAUUCGCCGCCGUCGCACUUGUUCUGGGAUGCGCUUACGGAUUGCCCUCUGAGGAUCUGGAGAAACCGCACAAGUGGGUCCCCGCGGAGCAGUGUACCUUCGUGAAUCCCCCGAGGGUUCCGUACUACUGGGACGAGAAGUGUGCUGUUGAGUCUUUGGGCUGUUGGGCAGAUGGGGUUCACCCUCAAUGCCGAUUUUGCGGGGAGGCUCCAUACACAGGGCUGAAAUGCCCUGACAACGCCAUUGUUCCGCAUCGCCGAGCCUGCGCUUUCGACAAUCCUCCGAUUGUUCCCUUCUACUGGGAGCCGACAUGCGAGGAUGGCAUGUUGGGAUGCUUCGCUGACGGACACAACUUGGGUUGCAGGUAUUGUGGCCACGGGAUCUAUGAAAACAUAACUUGCCCAACAUCUGUGUGCAGCUUUGUCAACGAGCCCGUUACACCGUACUACUGGGAUACCUUGUGUCAGAUGGGUAUGCUGGGAUGCAACGCAGAUGGGAUCCACGUCCAGUGCCGGUUUUGUGAUUUUCAGCCCUUCAAUGCCAUUCAGUGCCCU